AUGACCACAGCUCACAGGCCCACAUUUGACCCGGCUCAAGGAAAGGAGGCCCUUCGAGGGCCUGCUUAUCACCAGCGACUCCUUCCCGCACAUACGCUCUUGAAAGUUCGGCAACCUGGACAAGGUGGUGAUGCCGAUAAGGAGGUCCGUGACUUGCGAGCGGAGCUCUUGAAGGCCGAGGCUGCGCACUUUGCCAAGAAGAACGGUGUCCCUGUUGAAGAACCCGCUGCCGCGGAGUCAUCUACACCCAAGCGUCAACUCGAAGCUGCCCCGGCUGCCGAUGCCGAAGCGGAGGAAGAUCCAGAGGCCAAACGACGACGGAUUCUAGAAGAGACACGAGACAUAGAUGCAGAUUCCGACGGGUCAGAGGAGGACAGCAGCGAGGAGGAAGAUAGCGAUGAUGAAGACGAGGCGGCCGAGUUGAUGCGCGAGCUGGAGAAGAUUAAGAAAGAGCGGCAAGCACAAAAAGAGAAAGAGGAACAAGAACGGGCUACCCAGGAGCAAGAGCAGCGAGAGCGGCGAUGGGAUGAUGAUGUCGUCUUCAAGAACCAGUCCCGAGGAACAGAGAAGAAGGAGGGCAAGGAGUUUGUUAAUCUUCCUUCAGGACUUGCUGCGUUCGGACUUCCACAAGAGAUUCAUGCGGCCCUUGUCAGCCAUGACCCACUUAGCCAGACAGCAGCCACUAGUCCUUGUUUCCUCUUCACUUCUUCUCUGACAACUUCACCGCCUUUUAUUGCGUCUCAUCACCGCUCUCCCACCGCCCACGUAUCACCGAAUUCUGCCAGAUCCAAUGAAUCAAGCACCUUCAACCUUUCUCAGCAAACUUCCACCACUGACUGGGACAUUCCCUCCAGAUCACCAACUCCGGAAGACCUCUUGACAAAGAAGAUGGGUAAAGACCAGCCAUACAAGCAGAUGCACCCCUGGCUAAUCCAAGCUCUUCUCUCAGAACGCGUCAACCAUGAUAUCUCUGAGCUGCUACAGCGCUUUGAGAAUAUCCUGGCCACUGCAAAUACGGACAACACCAGUCACACUGCUACUGCAGUAGAGGCCAAUCAGAUGGAGGUCGAGACUGAUGGGAUGAUCCGCGCCGCCGAGGAUAUUCUCGGUCUAACCCGCUCCUUGAAGGAGGCAUGGCUCUUUGGAAAUCUCGAUACCCUGGGUGAGAACGAGCAAGAUGUGCUGCGCCGCAAGAAGCUCGAGGGGGACGUCCAGGCGGUUCAGAAAGCCGUCGAGGACGGGGCCCUCCUGAAGCUGUGCCCGGAGGAGAAAAAGAAGGAGAGUUAG